CCUGGAGUCAGUGUCUGACAGGAUGUUUGCUUUCCUGCUGAGCGGAGGUGGGGAGGAGUAGUGAAGCAAGGCGCCCAGUGUGCCCAAUGCAGGCUGAGAGGAUUGCAGCACAGCAACCAGGAAGAGUGCCCCCCCAAGUGCCAGCUGUGUUCUGAGAUCUGAGUUAUUGCUCACGUCUGCACCCAGCAGCAGCAUAGUGCAUUAGCGCCUCGUGGCGCUCUCUGCUGCACAGCCAAGAUGCUCUCUGCAGAGGCAUGGGGCUGGCAGACAAAUGUCACUUGUGAGAGUUCAGUAGACAUGGACCUGGUUCUGCAUUACUCCCUUAUUCCAUCGUUUGCCAUCAUUUUGGUGCUGUCCUUCCUUGAAAGAAGAGCGAGCAGGAGUAAGAUAGAUGGAAAAUUGCACCUCCUCAAUGGCCGCUUUGGAAUUGUGAUACCCUUGGAUUUUGUUGGGACAUUCAGCAACCGAUGGUCAUUUGGUUUUGCAUUUGGAGCUACAGCCAAUAAAGUUAUGUUCCUGUUUUCGGAAGGUUACCUGCCACUACGAGUGCCCCAGUGGGCCCAAGCCAUUGUGCUUCUCAUAGGAGGCACUGAAGUGGGCCUCUCAUAUUUCCCUUUCUUCGCCUGCCUCGCGACGGAAUUCCAGAUCACAGGGUCUGUCCUGGGGUUCUUCUACACUUUCACUUGGUUCGUAAUCACGAUCACAAACAUUGUGCAGUGCCCACAUGGACGAGUGAUGGGAGACUAUGAGAAGAUCAUAUUUUAUUGGCCUUCCUUGUUCUGUCUGGUUUUCCUACUGGGCCGCUUUGCCCUGAUGUUUGUGAAAGCACUGAGGGUUCACUUAAAGAUGGAUGUGUCAAGUCAGGAAAAUCAUUUCCUGGAGGUGCAUCAGGCUCAGCAUGUCAAGCGUCUGGUCAGCAAGCCCCCAGAGCGGCAGGCUCAGAAAUCUUGGUUCCAGCGCAAGGUGUAUGAAUGGGACCCAUGCUUUCAGUUCCCAGGCAGAAUGAUUGGCACAUCUGCGCUAGCCUUAAUCUGCCUGUACAUUUUUAUUGUUAUUGAGUUUUACAUUUACAAGGAAUUCUCCCAAGAGCUGAAGAUAUUGGAUCAGAGAUUUGAAGAGUUUGUUGAAUCUAGCAAUGGCUCAGAAGUACUUGUACCAGCUGUCCUGCAGCUGAAAGAGUUUAUUAAUGUCACACAAGGUGUUUGGGUUUUCACCACCUUUGCUGCCUCCCUGACUUGUGUAAGCUACGUAUUUCACAUCUUAGCCUGCUACAGAAAACACAUGAAGCGGCUGUGGGCAGGGGAGAAACAUUUCCUUCCGCUAAGAUCUCGUGAGCCUGCUUCUUCUCAAAGCGUGGCAGCAAUAGCAAGAUACUCUGGUUGGCAAAUUGCAUACAUAUUAUGGGGUACGUGCCAAGCCUUCAGCAUAAGCAUGCAUUCAACCAAAAUUAGAGCGGUUGCCCUUUUCCUCUGCAGUAAGAAAUGUGUUUUCUCUUUUCCAGGCUACCUGAUCCUUCAUGUGGUACAGUGUCUGUUUGGUGUAAUGAUCAUGUACAGUUUUGUUUUGCCAAUACAGCAUGGCCAAGGGCUGGAAAUGGCAAAAGGUUUGGGAAUUGGGAUUCUUACAGUUGGAAUUGCCACAGGGCUCAUGAUAUUACAAAUCAAGAUCGCCGCGAGAUUUUUCCUUCAGCCAAAGAUCUUGCCAGAUGAUAAGCAGAAGCCAUUAGCUCUCAAUAACAGGAAAGCUUUCCACAACUUCAAUUACUUUUUAUUCUUCUAUAAUGUGCUCCUGGGCCUGGGGGCUUGUUUGUUCAGACUGCUUUGCAGUGUCCUGUUGGGAACUUGGCUGAUUGCACGGAUAGACAGGACUAUAAUGCAGAAAGGGUAUGAAGCUGCUGACAUGGGCUUCAACACAUGGAUUGGUAUGAUAUUUAUGGAUCACUACCACACUAAUCCCACCCUCCUCAGCUUUUGUCACAUUCUUCUGGCUGGAACCACUGAGAAAAAACUGCAGAAAUCCACCAAAUACGGUUUCUUCAACAAUAUAUCAGAACCCAGAGUAUCAACCAGAGCCAGGACACGGUGGUUGCUGCUCUACACCCUUCUUAACAACCCCAGGCUCACUGAACUCAGGAAGCCUAAUGUGCAGUCUGGUGCCAGUGCUGUGCCACAGAACCCCUGUGUCUAGCUUACUCUGCAGGUGGAAACUGGAAGACUCUUGAACAGCUGGUGACUUGCCUCUUGGGACUUUCAGAAGAUGGAGCUCUAUUUCAGAGCUAUACACGAUGAGCAGUUAGGGCUCUCAGCCCUGGUGUGACAGGAGAGCUGUGGGAAUGGAUGUCCAGGAGCACUUGCUGUCAUUGGUUGUUGUGCAUUACAUGUGUUUCCAAUAGACAGCUGUAAAUUGUGUUACAUCACUAUAAACCCCAGCAAUAUUUUAA